UGAGCAGUGCCGCGUGAAAGUCAAGGAGCUCAGACAAGCCUAUCAAAAAACAAAGGAGGCAAACGGUCGCUCCGGGUCAGAGCCGCGGACAUGCCGCUUCUACGCUGAGCUGCAUGCAAUUCUAGGGGGGGCUGCCAUCACUACCCCACCUGUGAUCGUGGAUUCUGGGUCGGGGAUAGUCUCAUCAGCGACGCCUGAGGAUUCUGCCGAUGGGGGAGAGGAGGAGGAGGAGGAUGAGGAUGAGCUUGCAGAGAGCACACAGCACUCCGUUCUCCCCAACAGCCAGGAUCUUUUUCUCACCCUGACUGAAGUACCCUCCCAAGCCUCCCAAGACUCUGACCCCAUGGAAGGGACCUCAGCAGCUGCAAAUUCCUCAAGCCUCCCUCCUCCAUCCCGAAGGUUAUCACAGAUAAGGCGUCGUAAGAAGAGAACGCGAGACGAGAUGUUUUCUGAAAUUAUGGAAUCCAGCCGCAGUGACAGAGCUCAUCUGAAUGAGUGGAAGGAAACAGUUUCAAAGUAUAGGAAAGAAGCCAGUGAACGUGAGGAGAGGAGGGACCAACGUGAGGAGAGGAGGGACCAACGUGAGGAGAGGAGGGACGCUCGAGAUGAGAGGUGGCGGCAGGAAGACCAGAGGAGGCAGGAUGCAACUCUGGGGCUGCUGCGUGAGCAAACAGACAUGCUCCGGCGUCUGGUGGAGCUUCAGGAACGGCUGCUGGAAAACAGACUGCCGCUUCAGCCCCUGUUCCACCCUCCCCAUGUUCCGUAUCCUCCUCACCCAGACGUGUAAGAACACGGGGGGGGGGGGGGGAGGAGGCUCCGUACACCUUCCCAUUCCACCCCAGUAGACAGCCCAAGCAAAAGGCUGUCAUUUUUUUAACCUUUUCUUUGUGGCUUUUUCCUUCCCAGCAAUCCUCCUCCCAAAUACCACCCAGGUUCCCUCCCUC